AGUAGAAAGCAAAUGACAUAGUGCUCAUAACCCAUUGCCAUUGUCAUUGAGAAGCCUUCAUCGUUUUACUUUCUUCAUUCUUCCAUGGCUUUCUUGGCAAUGGUGCAAGGUGUUGAAGAUGAACGUCGUGUUCAGAGAACCUAUUGGAUUGAACACUCCACAGAUUUGUCUGUUGAAUCAAUGAUGCUCGAUUCCAACGCCUCUGAUCUCGACAAAGAAGAAAGACCCGAAGUUCUGUCACUGUUGCCAGCAUAUGAAGGAAAAUCAGUAGUAGAACUUGGAGCAGGUAUUGGAAGAUUUACAGGUGAAUUGGCUCAGAAAGCUGGACAAUUACUUGCUGUAGACUUCAUUGAGAGUGCAAUAAAGAAGAAUGAAAGCACAAAUGGGCACCACAAGAAUGUCAAGUUCUUGUGUGCUGAUGUCACAUCUCCAAACUUGCAUAUUUCUGAAGGAUCAGUUGAUCUACUAUUCUCAAAUUGGUUACUUAUGUAUCUUUCAGACAGAGAGGUUGAGAAUUUAGCUGCAAGGAUGAUCAAAUGGUUAAAAGUUGGUGGAUAUAUAUUCUUCAGAGAAUCUUGUUUCCACCAAUCUGGAGAUUCAAAGAGAAAAUACAACCCAACUCACUACAGGGAACCCAGAUUUUACACUAAGGUAUUUAAAGAGUGCCAUAUGAGUGAUGAUACUGGAAAUUACUUUGAACUUUCCCUUGUUGGAUGUAAAUGCAUUGGAGCUUAUGUACGAAAUAAGAAGAAUCAGAACCAGAUUUGCUGGAUGUGGCAAAAAGUAAGAUCACAAGAUGAUAGGGGGUUCCAGAGGUUCUUAGAUAGUGUUGAGUAUAAUCAUAAGGAUAUUUUACUAUAUGAGGAUGUUUUUGGCCAAGGUUUUGUGAGCACUGGAGGACUUGAAACAACAAAGGAAUUUGUGGCAAAGUUGGGAUUAAAACCUGGUGAGAAAGUACUAGAUGUUGGUUGUGGAACUGGGGGUGGUGACUUUUACAUGGCUGAAAAUUUUGAUGUUGAGGUUGUUGGCAUUGACCUCUCCAUAAAUAUGAUUUCUCUUGCUAUUGAACGUGCUAUUGGACUCAAAUGCUCUGUGGAAUUUGAAUGUGUUGAUUGCACUAAAAAAACAUACCCUGAGAACACAUUUGAUGUAAUCUACACUCGUGACACAUUGUUACACAUCAAAGAUAAACCAUCACUGUUCAAAUCAUUUUUCAAGUGGUUGAAGCAUGGAGGUACACUUCUAAUUACUGAUUAUUGCAAAAGUGCUGGAAGUCUAUCAUUAGAAUAUGCUGAGUACAUUCAAAGAGGAGGAUAUUAUAUUGAUGACAUGAAAGCAUAUUGUCAGAUGCUCAAUAAUGCUGGAUUUGAUGAUGUCAUUGCUGAGGAUCAAACUAAUUUGCUCAUGAAAACACUACAACAAGAAUUAAAUGCACUAGAGAGCAAGAAGGGUGAUUUCAUUGAUAAUUUCUCAGAGGAAGACUACAAUGAAGUUAUAGACAGAUGGAAGGCUAAGCAGAGGAGAGGUGCUGAUGGGGAGCAAAUAUGGAGCUUGUUCAUUGCCAAGAAAAAAUGAUGCUUCAUUCUCAUGAUAUGUCUAGUUAUGCCUGUAGUUAAUAGUGUAACAAUUUUCCAAAUGAUAGUAUGGAUAAUUAUGUUGCUGUUAUUUAUAUCUUCUGACAAAAUAUUUGUG